AAACAAAACCGUAAAUAGCUGACAAAAUCAUCUUCAAGAAGCAAAGGAGAAAAGGACCCUAAACAACCGCCUUCUCUUCCCUUCCCUCUUUCUCCCAUAUACUUGUUUACGUUCUUUUGCCAUAUUUAUUCUAUUCCAUGUCGUGUCAUUUUUCUCUCUUAUCCACGUCUCUUUUAAUGGCUUCAUCCUCACUUGUUCUUCUUCCAGAACAAGGACACCGAGAAUGUUUCCUUUCUUUUCCUAAAACCCAUAAGCUCGCUUGUCUUCUUUGUAAACAAGCUAUAUUCUUUUGAAACUCUGUAAAACCAUGAGGCUUUACGUGUACGUACUGCAGGCAAAAGAAUUGCCUGUAAAGGACUCGUUUGUGACACUCCAGAUAGGAAAACACAAUUCCAAGACUAGAGUUCUGAAAGACAGUGCAAACCCAGUCUGGAACGAGGAGUUUGUUUUCAGAGUACAUGAUACUGAUGUGGACUUAGUUGUGUCUGUGUUUAACUAUAAUCAUGAUCAUCGUGGCUCCGGAGAUUUGCUGGGGCGGGUUCGAAUUCCGGUUUGUUCUAUUUCUGCUGAGAAUAAUCAUAGCUUGCCACCUACUUGGUUCUCUCUUGAAAAGCCCCUUACUGGCAAAUUUAUCAAUAUGGAUAAUGGGAAAAUUCUUCUUACUCUUUCACUGCACGGAAAAGGCCACGACUUUGCUACCAACCAUUUUAUUAAUGCUAAUGCAAAUCCUACGGAUGAGGGACAUAAAGAAUAUGAAGGGCCAUAUGUAUCUUCUGGGGGUAUGUGUUGCUCCAAAGCUCCAUUGCUUAAGCUGACAGAUGGGAAGAAGCUAAUGAAGACUAUUGCAAGCCGUCUGGAGAGGGUGUUCAAUAAGAAUGAGGAAGCCCUAAGAGUUGAUAGUUCAUCUGAAUCAGCCAGUGCAUCGUCUGAUUAUGAGGAUUGUCCUGAGGAACCUCCAUCCAGCUGUAGCUUCGAAGAAGCUAUGGAGAUCAUGAAUUCAAAUGGAAAUGAAGAAGAAGAAGAAGAAAUGCCAGAAAACCUCCAUGGAGGCAUUCUUCUUGAUCAGAUUUAUGCGGUGCCCUCAUGUGAUCUCAAUAAGUUUCUAUUUGCGCCGGAUUCACAGUUUAGGAAGGACAUAGCAGAAAUGCAGGGUACAACAGAUGUAGAAGAGGGGCCUUGGACUUGGAAAUCAGUUAAUAUGUCUCAUCUAACACGAAUUGUUACCUACACAAAAGCUGCAACCAAAUUAGUCAAGGCUGUUAAAGCCACUGAGGAGCAGACCUAUAUAAGAGCAGAUGGACGGCAAUUUGCUGUCUUCGUAAAUGUUAGCACACCAGAUGUUCCAUAUGGAAGGACAUUCCAUAUUGAGUUGCUUUACAAGAUAGUGCCUGGACCACAAGUACCUUCAGGAGAAGAAUCAUCCCGCCUCAUAAUAUCAUGGGGCAUUAACUUCCAUCAAAAUACUAUGUUGAAAGGUAUGAUUGAAGGAGGAGCAAGGCAGGGACUGAAGGAGAGUUUUGAUCAAUUUGCUAAUUUGUUGGCUAAAAAUUUUAAGAUUCUGGAUUCCACAGACUUAUCAAAGAAGGAUCAUGUGCUGACAACUUUGGAAGCAGAACAUGAGUCGGACUGGGAAAUGGCAUCUGAAUAUUUUCUGAAUUUUACUGUUGUUUCUACUGUUUUCAUGACUUUUUAUGUCGUCCUACAUAUUCUAUUAUGUGAACCAAGUAAAGUCCAGGGUUUGGAAAUUAAUGGACUUGACUUGCCAGACAGCUUUGGACAACUAUUCACUUGUGCAAUUUUAGUCACUCAAUUGGAGCGUGUUUAUAACAUGGUGUCACACUUCAUACAAGCUAGGUUGCAAAGAGGAAGUGAUCAUGGCAUUAAAGCCCACGGUAAUGGGUGGGUUCUUACUGUGGCGUUAAUUGAGGGGAUCAAUUUAGCAUCCUUGGACUCAACAGGGCUUUCAGAUCCCUAUGUAGUGUUCACCUGCAAUGGGAAAACAAGAACAAGCUCUGUUAAGCUCCAAAGUAGCAAUCCUCAAUGGAAUGACAUACUUGAGUUUGAUGCAAUGGAAGAACCACCUUCAGUUCUAGAUGUGGAAGUUUUUGACUUCGAUGGUCCGUUUGACCAGGCCACGUCACUUGGGCAUACUGAGAUCAAUUUUUUGAAGCACACAUCUACUGAACUGGCAGACAUGUGGAUCUCCCUUGAGGGAAAGCUUGCUCAGUCUUCUCAAUCAAAGUUACACUUGAGAAUCUAUUUAGACAACAGCAAAGGUGUUGAAAUGAUUAAGGAGUAUUUAACAAAAGUGGAAAAGGAAGUUGGGACAAAGUUGAAUUUACGAUCACCUCAUAGGAAUUCAACAUUCCAGAAACUGUUUGGCUUGCCACCAGAAGAAUUUCUUAUAAGCGACUUUACCUGCUACUUGAAGAGGAAGAUGCCUUUGCAGGGCAGGCUUUUCCUAUCUUCUAGAAUUGUUGGGUUUUAUGCCAAUUUGUUUGGACAUAAAACGAAAUUUUUCUUUCUUUGGGAGGAUAUUGAAGACAUCCAUGUGCUUCCCCCAUCUCUGUCUUCCGUUGGUAUCCCAACUCUUGUCAUAGUCUUACGGAAGGGUAGAGGUCUUGAUGCAAGGCAUGGGGCGAAGACUCUAGAUGAAGAAGGCAGGCUCCGGUACCACUUCCAGUCAUUUGUGUCAUUCAAUACAGCCAGCAGGACAAUUAUGGCCUUGUGGAGAACAAGAAUGCUGACCCCUGAGCAGAAAGCACUAAUUGCAGAGGAGCAGCAGCAAGAUCAAGAAGAAAGUCCCGUCAUGCUUGAAGACUCUGGACCGCUUCUGGUUGCUGAAGAGGCAAAGAUGUCCAGGGUUUACUCUGCUGAACUGCCCAUUAGUAUAAAAUCACUCAUGGAAAUAUUUGGUGGAGGAAAGAUGGAGCAUAAGAUUAUGGAAAAAUCUGGAUGUCUUAAUUAUGCAACUACCGCAUGGGAAUCAGUGAAAUCUGGAGUUUUUGAACGACAUGUCUCUUACAAAUUCAACCGCCAUGUUUCAAUCUUUGGAGGGGAAGUCAGCUGCACACAACAAAAAUCUCCCAUUGAGAACGAUGGAGGAUGGAUUGUAAAUGAGGUCAUGGUGCUUCAAAGUGUUCCAUUCGGGGAUCACUUCCGCGUUAAUGUCAGGUACCGGAUUGAGCAGUCUAGCCUUGCUCAUAGUGCAUGCAGGUGUGAUGUUUAUGUCGGGACAACCUGGUUGAAAAGCACCAAGUUCCAGCAGAGGAUCACUAGGAACAUAACCGAGAAAUUCACACACAGAAUGAACAAGAUAUUUGAAUUGCUGGAGAGAGAAGUGCUGUUCACAAUUCAACAUGGCAGUAUCAUUUGAUAGGAUAUUUGCAGAAAAUGCGAAAGUGAGAGAGGCCAGGAGCUGUUUAUGAUUUCUAAAUCUGGUUCCAUCCCUUGUUUCUGUGGAAGAACAACAGCAAAUUUGGGUUUACACACGAAUUGUUUUCCCGCAUUAAUUAGAGACAGAGAUUCGAAAAAUUUCCAAUUGCAACUUGUUUAUUGUUGUAUAUUUUUACAUGGACUGGCAGUUGUCCGUCAUCAGACAAUAUCUACUAUUCUACUGGCGUCAUUUAUUUCUUGGAAAGGCAAGUUUAAGCGGAUAGGGCUCACGACAAAUUGUUACUAAUUAUGUAAAUGCUAUGAUAGAUGUGGAGUUCAUCCCGUAAUAAGUUUAUCAUUACAGAUUUAUGAUA